AAUAGUAGCUAAGCUAUGUUGCUUUAUAGUGUAAUUAUUAAAUUGAAAAAAAAAACGACAUCAAAACAUCCGCCGGCUUGUAAAUUAUAAUAACUUCUGAAUUCUGAUGUUGCAGCAAAACCCAAUGAUUAGCAAAGCUCCCUUAAAAAUAAUAUAAAUUAUAUAUAAAGUACCUAUGUAUCAUGUUCACAAAUAAAGUUGUAAUUAUUACUGGAGCGAGCUCCGGCAUUGGUGCUGAAACAGCUAUUGAGUUCUCUAAACUUGGAGGUAAUGUUGUAAUAACAGGAAGGAAUAAAGAUAAUUUAGAAAAAGUGGCUGCAUCAUGUCAGAAAGCUUCACCAGAAAAUUUACAACCUCUUAUAGUAAUAUCUGACAUGAAUAAAGAACAUGAUGUGGAGAAUAUCAUAAACAAAACAAUUGAAAAAUUCAGUAAGCUGGAUGUGCUUGUGAAUAAUGCUGGUGUUUUGGAAUCUGGAACGAUAGAAACAACAUCGUUGGACCAAUAUGAUAGAGUAAUGAAUACAAAUGUCCGAGGGCCAUAUUACAUCACGAUGUUGGCUACAUCAUAUCUUAUUAAAACUAAGGGAUGUAUUGUUAAUGUUUCUAGUGUGACUGGCAUGAGAUCAUUUCCUAAUGUCUUAGCAUAUUGUAUGUCUAAGGCAGCUUUAGAUCAGUUUACAAGAUGUGUUGCGUUAGAAUUAGGUGGGAAAGGUGUGCGUGUCAACUCUGUUAAUCCUGGCGUUAUAACGACCGGCCUGCAUAAAAAAGGUGGUAUGGACGAUAGUGAAUAUGAGGAUUUCCUGAAAAAAUGUGCAGCAACACAUGCUUUGGGUAGACCUGGCGAUGCGUCAGAGGUAUCAUCUGUCAUUGUAUUUUUGGCUAGUGAAGCUGCUAGUAAUAUCACUGGAGCAACUUUACCGGUUGAUGGGGGACGCCAUGCUAUGUGCCCACGUUAAAAAUCCGUUUUCUCUAAGAAAUAUAUAUGUGAGAUUAAUGGGUAA